AUGAAGACUUGGGGAACAGCCAACCGGGCCCCCCCUCCCUUCAAACCUGACAUGCUGUCCCCCCCGGCCUCCAGGGUGGAGCUCCUUGCCCCAGCUAAGGUGAAGGAGCGCACACAGAACGUCACAGACAAGGUCACACAGGUUCUGUCUCUGGGUGCUGACGUCCUGCCGGAGUACAAAAUCGAGGCCCCGGUCACCCACGCAUGGACCAUGCUGCACUACAGCCCCGUCAAAGCGGCGUGGGACUGGGUCAUUCUCCUCCUGGUCCUCUACACAGCCCUCUUCACCCCCUACUCGGCCGCCUUCCUAUUGGAUGAGCGUGGGGACUCACUGCGGCGGCGUUGUGGCUAUACCUGCAAUCCACUAAACAUGGUGGACCUCAUGGUGGAUGUGCUGUUCAUCGUGGAUAUCGGGAUCAACUUUCGCACAACGUUCGUCAACCCCAACGACGAGGUGGUGACCCAGCCGUGGAAGAUCGCUGUGCAUUACUUCAAGGGGUGGUUUGCCAUCGACCUGGUUGCCGCCCUACCCUUCGACCUGCUUAUCUUCCGCUCAGGGUCUGACGAGAUGGCCACCUUGAUUGGCCUGCUGAAAACAGCGCGGCUGCUUCGGCUGGUUCGUGUGGCGCGGAAGCUCGACCGCUACUCGGAAUACGGGGCCGCUGUCCUCUUCCUGCUCAUGUGCACCUUUGUGCUCAUCGCCCAUUGGCUGGCCUGUAUCUGGUACGCUGUUGGCUACGUGGAGAGGCCCUACACUGAGACGGGUUGGCUGGACAACCUGGCUGAGCAGCUGGGCAAGGCGUACAACGCAAGUGAACCUGGCUCGGGUCCGUCCGCUAAGGACUAUUACAUCACUGCACUCUACUUUACCUUCAGCAGCUUGACCAGUGUGGGCUUUGGGAACGUCUCCCCCAACACCAACUCAGAGAAGCUCUUCUCCAUCUGUGUUAUGGUUAUUGGCUCUCUCAUGUACGCCAGCAUCUUUGGAAAUGUGUCGGCCAUCAUCCAGCGCCUAUACUCAGGGACGACGCGCUACCACACCCAGAUGCUGCGGGUCAAGGAGUUUAUCCGCUUCCACCAGAUCCCCAGCGGGCUUCGCAACCGCCUGGAGGAGUACUUCCAGCACGCCUGGUCCUACACCAAUGGCAUUGACAUGAAUGCAGUGCUGAAGGGUUUUCCAGAGUGCUUGCAGGCUGAUAUAUGUCUGCACCUGAACCGCAGUCUGCUGCAAAACUGCAAGGCUUUCCGGGGGGGCAGCAAGGCCUGUCUGCGGGCUCUGGCAAUGUGCUUCAAGACUGUGCAUGCCCCACCAGGGGAUACACUCAUCCACUCUGGAGACAUCCUCAACUCUCUCUUCUUCAUCACUCGCGGUACCAUCCAGGUCACUCAUGAUGAUGUCGUGGUGGCCAUACUGGGGAAGAAUGACAUCUUUGGGGAGCCAAUCCACAUGUAUGCAGAGCCAGGCAAGUCCAACUCUGACGUGCGCGCCAUCACUUACUGUGACCUGCACCGGAUUCAGAGGGAUGACCUGCUCGAAGUUCUAGACAUUUAUCCAGGCUUUGCCGACAACUUUUGGGCAAACUUGGAGUUCACCUUUGACCUAAGAGAUGCUGACCAGGUCCCACCAAUACUGUUGGCUGAUGAUUCUGGUGAUGAUUGUGGAUACAGUCGUAGUAAGCCACGACACAGGGGACACUCCCUAGACUGUCGCAACGGUCCUGACGGCAUGGACCAGGACGACCCGUACCCCUACCGCCAACGCCAUUCGGUUCCACAGCCACACUGGGAGGAGGGCUGCAGCUGUGAGUCGCCUUGCUCCCAGUCCAGCGAAGACCUAAACAAGCCCCUAACCCAAGGGGGCAAGGUGGAGCUGUAUCCUCUGGACGACGAUUGGCUGGAAUACUCCCCCUCAGUGGUGCAGCUGAAGCCCCCUAGCGGCGCCACAGUGGGCAGAGAGGCCCCCAUGGACAGGGCUCAACCAGCCACCUCUAACCUCUCACCGAACAUGUCUGGGUAUGUUCAAUACUGGCCAGAGAGGCAGUCGGUCCAGUACUCCAACAGGCAGUGGCGCUCUUCUUCGGUUCGGACCUCAUACCACCCGCCCCCGUUCACAGAGGAGAGGCCCAGUGAGCUGGAGUCCCGACUGGAACUACUACAGUCACAGCUAAACAGACUGGAGAUUCAAAUGACUGCCGAUAUCAACGUCAUCCUGCAGCUGCUCCAAAGGCAGAUAACGCCGGUACCGCCCGCUUACAGCACUGUGUCAGCCAUAGACUCACCUGGCCUAUAUGGGACGGGAGCGCCAGUGUUGCACACCAUGUACCAGAUCCCACCCAUACAGAUAGACAACCAAGCAUCCACGCAGAGCUCUGCCCAGCCUGACCUCAAGUUACCCCUGAAAUCCCAGGAGUCGCAGUCCAGCGGUAUCCAUCUGACUGUAGAGUCAGACGACACCAUGUCCGUCACCCCGGAGAUGGAGCCGACCGUGCCACUCUCCUCCCAGCCGAUGGUCAAGUGGUCACUGUCUCUCAUGGAAACGUCCAGACUAAGUGGCAGCCUCCGCUUCCCCUCGCUGCCCGAGAACCUGGACGCCUCAGGGCAGGCGGAGAUCCAGAAACAUCGCUCAGAUCCUGUACUUUCUGUGACCUGAGACCCCUGUCCCUAGUUCCCCAAACCUGGGAUCCUACAGACUGCUUCCACUCAUAUACAGAUUGCAAGAUAGUAGCAAAACAUGUCUUUCCAGGCCCUGCCCUUUAACAGCCCCUAACCCCCUAUGUACUGAGAUCGGAGUAGGUGGAUGAGCUUAAACAGCCGUUAAAGUCCUGCUAACUUUAGCCACCAGUAGCCAAAAAAAUCUGAAAUUGAUGGGGACAUGACAUGCGGAACUGUACGAAAAAGGUUAAAUCAGAUAACAUCAAACAAAAUAAUGAGUUGUUAACAGUUGUUUUGGCCAUGUUUAUACAAGUACUGAAUGCCCCCAUCACUUUCAUAGAUCUUUUGCUAGCAUCGGCUAGGGUUAGCUGAAGACUUUAAUGGCUGUUCAGAGAAAACCGAACCAUGAAUACGAUUCUCAUGGCUCAUACAAUACUUUCAGGGUGAAAAACCAUCUAACAUUAAGUUGGAAAACACUGAACUUCCCCUUUAAGAUUAAGUGCCUAGGGGAGGGGGUUGAGGUUGUUUAUGGAAAGGCUGAAUUCCAUGUCACCCCCUUCCCCUUGUCCUUCCAUUUGCGCAUUCACGCGCUCCUCCGACAUAUGCAAAUGUCCCAAAGCAGAGGGAGUGAAAAUUUGUGGGUGUAGGGGCUAAUUAGACCCUCCAAUAGCCACUUCAAAUCAAAUCAAAUGUAUGUAUGUUUAGCAGAUGUUAUUGUGGGUGUAGCGAAAUGCUUGUUU